AUGUCCGUCUGGUCGACUCUGGGGAUUCUGUCACUUCUCGUUCUCAUCACCGCUGCAUUCGAAGCGUCUGCUCAUCCGACAUCCGUCCAUCACGCUGACGGACUCGACAGACCUGUACCCCGUGCAGACCAGUCCGAUUCGCAGGACGAAUCGAACCUCCCGCUCCAGAUUGGCGGGAUUGUCGGCAGCUACGUGAUCUUUGAUGCACUGGUCGUCCUCCUGCUGCUGCUGGUGGGAAGACGACUGAGACGAGCGGUGCAUUCCUCGAAUUAUUCGCUGGACAUGGUCAUGCUCCAGCCGCCAGCCAAACCGACCGUCAGCACCGAUCCAAGCCCUAUCUCUGACGCCAGCACAGUAUUUCCCAGUCCCGACAAAGCUCGAGGGUGGAAUAUGUUGUGGAGCAACGUGCCCCGAGGGUCGAAGUCGCACGCGUCCAACCACAGCGCGGCGACUAUCGACGAAAGCGUCGUUUCCGCGGAUCGACAGAAGGCGCAGGAGGAUCUGGAAAGGCUCUAUGCAGCGGUCAUGGAGUACGAUGAGAGAAGAGCAGCUGGUUCUCCUGAUCCUGUCGAUGAGAAUCACAACAAGUCGGUCUCUCCGGUGGGAUCGCCGAUGCAAAGCCCUCGAGGAUUUGCGCAACAUCAACAACCGCUGUCUCCUCGGCCAGAGACGACGUCGUCCACGAAAAGCCGCGCAAGCACGAGACUCUCCAAAAUCGCGAACCUGUCGAUCUUCAGUCCGACGUCAUCCAUCUCGAACAAACUCCGUUCGCCGCGCCUCAAUAUCCGAAAGCUGCCCAUUUCACCACCCGCGGAAACGUCGCCGUACGUCGAGAACCAGCCAUUGACGCCCCGGAUCUACAACCCGGGUCCUCCUCCCAGUGCGCCACUGGCACCGACAUAUUCGACGGACCAGCAGAAAGAGCAGAAAGAGACAUUUGUAUUGCAGCCGAUCAACACGGGCAGCAGCAGCAGAGCAGCCGCUCCUACGCCGCUGAAUCUCAACACCACCAACAACAAUAACAACAAGACGAAUAAAACCGCCGUAAACACCUCCUCAACACUCCCAUUCCGCCAGGCCUUCAGCGACAACAACCCGCCACAGAGCGCCCCACCAACCAAGACCACGAUCCUGGAGCGGCCGGCGCACCUGUCGAACGCGCCGCGCACGGGCGUCCCGACGCCGUACAGCCCAUACCAGCCUUUUACGCCAGUCACGCCCAUCACGCCGAGCCGGAUGGUGACCAAGCGGGAGAAGCGGCGCCAGGAGAGGCUGAACGGGCUGCGAGUACUGCAGGAGGACGACCUGGUCAAGAGUGAUGAGGAGUUGUGGGGUAACGGGAAAGGGGAACAGGGAGCAAACAAUGCUUAUUUUUUUUUCGUUUUAUUAUUAUUAUUGUCAUCACAUUUUUCCAGCAAAAACAAAACCCCUAUACUAUUACUUAUUACUUACUCCUGA